GACGUGCCCGUUUCCAAGAUGGCGGCGGCAGUGUCCGGCGUGCUGGGCCGGGCGGGUUGGAGGUUGCUACAGUUGCGGUGCCUGCCGGUGUCCCGCUGCCGCCCACUCCUGUUGUCUCGUGGCUUCCAGGCCUCUGCUGUGGGGCUGAGGUCUUCAGAAGAGCAAAGGCAGCAGCCUUCCCCAUCCUUUUCUCAGCAUCCAGAGGCACCGGGGGCAGAGAAGCCCACUCCAGAGUCGACUCGCUCACCGCCCAGGUACACAGACCAGAGUGGCGAGGAAGACGAGGACCAUGAGAGUGAGGAGCAGCUGCAGCACCGCAUCCUGACUGCAGCCCUGGAGUUCGUGCCUGCCCACGGGUGGACAGCAGAGGCCAUUGCCCAGGGAGCCCAGUCCCUGGGUCUCUCCAGUGCAGCGGCCAGCAUGUUUGGAAACGAUGGCAGUGAGCUGAUCCUGCAUUUUGUGACUGAGUGCAACGCCCGGCUCACCCGUGUGCUGGAAGAGGAACAGAAACUGGUGCAGCUGGGCCAGGCAGAGAAGAGGAAGACAGACCAGUUCCUGAGGGAUGCAGUGGAAACCAGACUGAGAAUGCUGAUCCCGUACAUUGAGCACUGGCCCCGGGCCCUCAGCAUCCUGCUGCUCCCUCACAACAUCCCACCCAGCCUGAGCCUGCUCACCAGCAUGGUGGAUGAUAUGUGGCAUUACGCUGGCGACCAGUCCACUGAUUUUAACUGGUACACACGCCGGGCCGUGCUGGCUGGCAUCUACAACACCACGGAGCUGGUGAUGAUGCAGGACUCCUCCCCGGACUUUGAGGACACUUGGCGCUUCCUGGAGAACCGGAUUAACGAUGCCAUGAACAUGGGCCACACUGCUAAGCAGGUGAAGUCCACAGGAGAGGCGCUGGUGCAAGGACUCAUGGGUGCUGCAGUGACGCUCAAGAACUUGACGGGUCUAAACCAGCGCCGGUGAGGGAAGGACAAGCUCAAGAGCCUGGAGGGAAGUGAGUGGGUGGAUGAGCAGGGCUGUGGGGAGCAUGAAAUGCCUUCCACCCAAGAGAGUGUUCAUGGAGACUCCUGGAAGAAUUCCCGGAACCCCCUGCAGCACCUGGGAACCACAGUGCACCUGAUGACAGGCCCUGGCCCCGGAUUGGGUCGCCUCUUCGGUUCCUGACACCCAGUCAGGCCUGACACCCUGCUGCCAGGCAGGGUGAUUAGAGAAGUGAGACUGUGAUUGACAUUCAAUCGGCUUGUCCCCGUCAUGGUCUCACGUCACGUCUUAACCUUCCUAGAAAUGCUCUUGGCGGGCGGCUCUAAGCCUGAGUGAAGGCCAGAAGUCACCAGAUGGUGGCAGCACCCCCCAGUGCAGGCACUGCUCACCAAGGCAUCCUGAGACGUUCCUGGGACCCCCUCGGCCAGCUGCCUCACCUGAGACAGGUUCCUGGUGUUCAGUGAUGCUUGGCCUGGGGAGAGCUGUGGUCCCAGGCCUGGUGUCACAUCACAUCAGCACGGAUUGCAGGAUUGUUAGAGUAUUUAAAGUCUGUACAAAUUAGAAUAAAUAUGUUUGCAGCA